AUGGGGAAGUCGGAGAGCCCAAUGGGGAUGGUGGAGAGAGCUGGCCAGCCUAAGCAGAAGCGCAGAGGCUUCCUGGAGGGGGGACUGCUGCUGCUGCUGCUGCUGGUGACAGGUGCCCUGGUGGCCCUGGGUGUCCUCUACAGCAGAGGGAAGCAGCUGCCCCCCUUUAUUAGCCGGCUGCGCUUCUCACAGGAAGAGAGGACCGUUGUAAAACGAGAAUCCCGAGCCACCAAAGAGUCCUCCCAGGACACUGAUGUCUGCACCACUCCUGGCUGCGUGAUGGCAGCAGCCAGGAUCCUACAGAACAUGGACCCAUCUAAGGAGCCAUGUGACGACUUCUACCAGUACGCGUGUGGAGGCUGGCUGCAGCACCAUGUGAUCCCCGAGACCAACUCCCGGUACAGCGUCUUCGACAUCCUUCGGGAUGAGCUGGAGGUCAUCCUCAAAGGGGUGCUGGAGAAGUCCUCUGCCAAAGACCGGCCAGCUGUGGAGAAGGCCAAGAUGCUGUACCGCUCCUGCAUGAACGAGAGCUUGAUAGAGAAGCGAGACUCCCAGCCUCUACUGAACAUCUUAGAGGUGGUGGGAGGCUGGCCGGUGGCCAUGGACAAGUGGAACGAGACCAUAGGCCCUAAAUGGGAGCUGGAACGGCAGCUGGCUGUGAUGAACACGCAGUUCAACAGGCGUGUCCUCAUUGAUCUGUUCAUCUGGAAUGACGACCAGAACUCCAGCCGGCACAUCAUCUAUAUAGACCAGCCCACCUUGGGCAUGCCGUCCCGCGAGUACUAUUUGAGUGAUGGCAGCAACGAGAAGGUGCGGGAAGCCUACCUGCAGUUCAUGAUGUCGGUGGCCACCAUGCUUCGGAAGGACAUGAACCUCCCCAAAGACAACCACCUGGUGCGGGAAGAAAUGGUGCAGGUGCUAGAGCUGGAGACGCAUCUGGCCAACGCCACGGCACCACCGGAGGAGAGGCACGAUGUCACUGCCCUGUACCAUAGGAUGGACCUGGAAGAGCUGCAGUACAGGUUUGGCCUGAAGGGGUUCAACUGGACUCUCUUCAUACAAACUGUGCUGUCCUCUGUCAAAAUCAAGCUGCUGCCGGAUGAGGAAGUGGUGGUUUACGGCAGCCCCUACCUGAAGAAUCUCGAAGACAUCAUUGACGUCUACUCAUCCAGGACCAUCCAGAACUACCUGGUCUGGCGUCUGGUGCUGGAUCGUAUCAGCAGCCUGAGCCAGAGAUUCAAGGAGGCUCGGGUGAACUAUCGCAAGGCACUGUAUGGCACAACAGUGGAGGAGGUGCGCUGGCGGGAAUGUGUCAGCUACGUCAACAGCAACAUGGAGAGCGCCGUGGGUUCCCUCUAUGUCAAGGAGGCCUUCCCUGGGGAAAGCAAGAAACUGGUCAGAGAGCUCAUCAACAAGGUGCAGGCGGUGUUUGUGGAGACUCUGGAUGAGCUAGGCUGGAUGGAUGAGGAAUCCAAGAAGAAAGCCCAAGAGAAGGCCCUGAACAUCCGGGAGCAGAUCGGCUACCCCGAUUACAUCCUAGAGGAGAAGAACAAGCGCCUGGAUGAGGAGUAUUCCAGCCUGCACUUCUCAGAGGACCUGUACUUUGAGAACAGUCUGCAGAACCUCAAAGCCAAUGCCCAGAGGAGCCUCAAGAAGCUUCGAGAAAAGGUGGACCAGAAUCUCUGGAUCAUCGGGGCCGCAGUGGUCAAUGCGUUCUACUCACCCAACAGAAACCAGAUCGUGUUCCCUGCCGGGAUCCUCCAGCCACCCUUCUUCAGCAAGGAGCAGCCACAGGCCUUAAACUUCGGGGGCAUCGGGAUGGUGAUUGGGCAUGAGAUCACACAUGGCUUUGAUGACAAUGGCCGGAAUUUCGACAAGAAUGGUAACAUGUUGGACUGGUGGAGCAAUUUCUCUGCCCAGCACUUUCGGGAGCAAUCGGAGUGCAUGGUCGACCAGUACAGCAACUUCUCCUGGGACCUGGCAGACCAGCAGAAUGUGAAUGGGCUCAGCACCCUGGGAGAAAACAUCGCAGACAAUGGUGGGGUGCGGCAGGCGUACAAGGCUUACCUAAAGUGGAUGGCAGAUGGCGGCAAGGAUCAGCUACUGCCUGGACUGGAACUCACCUAUGACCAGCUUUUCUUCAUCAACUAUGCCCAGGUUUGGUGUGGGUCCUACCGGCCAGAGUUCGCCGUCCAGUCCAUCAAGACUGACGUCCACAGUCCCCUAAAGUACAGGGUCCUGGGCUCCCUGCAGAACCUGGCUGCCUUCUCCGAAGCAUUCCACUGCACCCGGGGCACUCACAUGCACCCCAGGGACCGAUGCCGCGUCUGGUAG